AUGGAGAGUCAGUAUGAGAAGCUGAAACGACCAACUUUGAAAGACUUGCUGGAGAGCUGGGGACGCAUUGCAAGUAACCAACCAUGGAGAGACUUAAUCGCUGAUCUGCUGGAGUUAGACGAACCAGACCGUACGACAGAAAUGGCCAAACUAAAUGUCUCGAACCUAGAGGAAGAUGAAACUCUACACAUUGUUCAG